UGUCGAGACAUACAAGUAUGCCACAACAAAAACACUAACUUCCGGUAGCAGGACUGCUAUAUAAAUGAUCGUCGGCGCUUGUGGUUAGAGGAAUUUAAAAGACUGGACAAAGAAAGAUGAUUUUCCUAUUAUUGUUUUUCACCGUCUCAUUUGUAUCAGCCUCCGAUAAAUACGUAAGGCUUGAAGAUAAAACCUCAGAUCCGGGUUUACCUGAACAUGUUACCAUGGAUGUUGUGAGAAAUGGUCGGGUUGUCACCAGACUUAACCUGCAAGAAAACAAGCGUCUGAAUGAAAAUGCCAAUGUUUACGAAUCCGUUUAUGACAAUGGAAAACUGAGGCAAACAAAGAGGGAAACAAAACCAAUGACGGGUGUUAAAUAUUAUCAAGACAAAAGAAAUGGAGCAGCAUUGAGUGUAACUUGUGAAGAAACACCUACUGGACACUGUAAACGAGCUGUGGAGGGAUAUUUAGAUAUCGGAGAAGACACCUUUGAGAUACGUCCUGCAACUCAUCCCGCGGAUAAACGAAUGACUAGCAAUAAACGUGACAAUCUCCAUUUAAUAUCAAGUGUCGCCCAGUUUAAGAAUUCGCAUGAAAGGAAAAGAAACACAGAACAAGAGUACCCAAAAGAUUAUAUAGAAACCGACAAAACCAUGAGGACUGGCAAAACGAACAUCAAGCGGCAAUCUGAGACAUCAAAGACAGAAUAUGCUGUGGAAAUCAUUGUAGUCAUUGAUCCUUACUUGUGGAAAAGGUAUUUAGACAAGACAGAAGCCACAAAUGGUAUUACUAAGGAGCAAGCAACUGAAUAUCGACUGAGAAGAAAAUUCGCCCACAUCAUCAAUGGUGUCAGUCUUAGAUACGAAUCAAUAGAGGAUCCGGCUUUCAACGUAUACGUGACGAUUUCAGGAUUUCAGUUCUAUAAGACGGAUGACGAGAAAAGUCCUGUUCCAAAAGAGGGUAAUGCACCUAUAUUCAAGGAAGGAGAGCCGUAUGUAGAUUCUAUAUCAUAUGUAAACAAUCUCAUGGCUUGGCAGUCUAAACUCACUGGUCUACAACAUGACGAUCAUAUAAUGGUAUUCACGGGAUGCGAACUUUAUAGUAAUGGAAACAUCUCCGAUACAUCUGUUGCGGGCACGGCUCCCAUGGACGGCGCGUGUUCUUACGCAAGGGUCUCAAUUCAGGAGGAAGGGAGUUAUUAUGCGACCACUGCUGUUGCUGCUCACGAACUUGGACAUAAUCUGAAUGCGAGCCACGAUGGCAGUGGAACGUCAAAGGAUUGUGAAGCAGGUGACAAAUAUAUCAUGUCACCAUGGGUAACUCAGUUACUGUCAUCAAAAAAUUACACCGUGAACCCAUGGAGAUUUUCACCGUGUUCUAUUGCAUCUUUCAGGUCAUAUUUUCAAUCGGAGGACGGAAAGUGCCUGACAGACCAUGGAGACUACUAUGAUAAAACGGAAUGGGACAAGCACAACAAGAAGCUACCUGGUGAACUUCACAGUCUUGAUCAACAAUGUAAACUGAUCAAUGGAGACUACUCUGGUAUUUGUUCUUCCGGAUUACGAGUUACAGAUGAAAGGAUAUGUCGAGAGUUGGAGUGUACUUCCAAACAUGUACCAUGCUCCAGUCAUACACCUGCACGUGGCUCACCAUGCGGAAACCCUUCUGAGAAAAAAUGGUGUAUCGAUGGUAAAUGUGUUGCAAGAGUGAUCGGAGGUACAACCGCUCAACCGGCAACGACAAAAAGUGCACCGACCUCGAAAGUACCGGAGAAACCAGGUGAAGACUGCUUCAGCACAACGGCCAUGGGAUAUAAAGGCAACAGAAAAGUGACAAAGUCUGGCAAGGAGUGUACCCCUUGGACAGAAACAGCAUAUCAAGACUCAUCAAGUUACCCAGACGCCUCUGUUACUGAUGCGUCAAAUUACUGUCGAGCUCCCGAUAAUGACGCACAACCCUGGUGCUUCUACGCGCAAGAGAAAUGGGAACAUUGUGACAUACAGAAGUGUAAGCCGGCGGACUACGAAUGUUUCCAGACUUCAAAUAUGUACAGCGGAACGAGGACUGUGAGCAAAUCUGGCUUUACUUGCGUCAGGUGGGAAAGUACCGACUUUACUGACCCUUCCGCUUUCCCCGAUAACAGCAUAGCUGAUGCCGCAAACUACUGCAGAGACCCGGAUGGUACUGGCCAACCUUGGUGUUUUGUUGAUAGUAAUUCAACAAACUGGGGGGUAUGUGACAUACCAAAAUGCGAGUAACUCGGAUGUGAUAAGUAUUCGCAUAUACAUUACAAAAAUGGACAUUAAGAAGUACGUGCCAAAUUGAGUGUAUUAAUACAUUAUAAAAGAAGCAACAUUA